AAUUAGGUAUGGCACCAGCAUCCAUAGACUUGCAGUUAUAAUAACAGCUAAUGAACAUCCAAACACAUCCGCAUUGAAAUUGUAAUCAUAAUUAAUGAUGGAACGGAAAUACAAAAGUCUGCACUAGUUACAGACUCAAGCAACAUGUUUUAAAGCACUUCAAAUAGCAUGACAUGCAUGUCUGCGCCUAGAGAGUGUUGUUAUAUGUAAAUGAAGGAAACAAGCUCUCUAAUAAUAGAAUCAGAGUGUGAAGGAAAGCAUCUCUCAGGGGAAUACGGAGUGGCAGAAAGUAAACAUUUGUUUAUUGCAUCUUUUAUUUAAUAAUUCAUGUCUUAGUCUACGACUUUGGCGGGGGCACCAGGGAGUUCACGUUAGGCAGAUCCUCUCUUUGAUGAUAUUGUUCAGACACGGCGGGAUCUGUAAAUUGAAUCCUGUCACAUCGUGCUGUUCGCUGCUCGUUUCAAAGUGUUGUUUCAACAUUAUCUGUCUAAUAAUAUAUCUGAUUCGCAUCAUCAUAUGUGAAGUUUUAAAGCCAAAAACAUUAAACCAACUUCCCUGAGUGUGUUGGGAAUUCAAAGCUGACUAAAAGCGCCCAGACAUCAGAGGCUCCAUUCAUCAGCGAUCAAACCUUGACUUUCUCACGGCUGGAUGCUGCAGCGUCUCUGAUCCCGUUUCCCGGGUUGGACCUCAAUUAAAACAGCAGCCGGGCCUGAAUGAGGGAAGCAGACAAAGAAAAGAACAUCAAAGCCCUUUCAUGGAGUGCAGAGUCUUAACUUCUGAUCUCAGGGAGGGAUUACUGUAAUUGGACGGCAGGGAUCAACAACUUCGUCGGAGAAUCAGGAAGCGAAGAGCAUCGAGGAAUCGCACCCCCUCAGGAAACCACGAGCCACGAUGGGCUGCAACAUGUGUGUGGUGAACAGGCCGGAGGAACAAUACAGGAUCAUGUUUCAGAAGGGAAACAAUCUGCGUCCCAUUGAUGCAGAAGUAAAGCUCAAAGGCAGAAGGACAUCUCCUCACCUGUCCAAGGACAAAGAUGGGGAACCUCAUGACCCCCUCCUACUUCAGGUGGUAUGUAAGGGUCACAGGAGGAGAUUGGGUACAGCUGCUGGCACGGCUCGGCUCAUGGCUAUCACAGACUGUGUGGACAACGGCACCCAGACGGACAUCAGCUUCCAGAACUUCCUGAAUGGGGACAGAGGGUCUUACCCAAGCAGUGGAUCACCCAUGCCCCCACACUCCCCGUCCCUCGCACAGCUGGUGGAGCCAUACCUCCUGAAUGAACUUGGUUCUCUGGGGCAAGAACAUAGUGAUCCAAAUGACUACUUCAGUGUUGUCAACCAUGAGGUGGACCAACGAGAAGAAUUAGAAUAUGAGGAGGUGGAGUUGUAUAAGUCGAGUCAGCAGGAUAAACUGGGGCUAACAGUCUGUUACCGGACAGACGAUGAGGAAGACCAAGGCAUCUACAUUGGGGAAGUGAAUCCGAACAGCAUAGCAGCAAAAGAUGGAAGAAUCAGGAAGGGGGACAGGAUAUUACAGAUAAAUGGGAUGGAAGUGCAGAACCGUGAGGAAGCGGUGGCCAUCCUGACCCGUGAGGACAGCACCAACUUCUCAUUACUGCUGGCCAGACCAGAGAUAGAGACGGACACUCAUUUGGACCCAGAGGAGAUUGACUGUGAGUUACCUGUAGGGAUGAGUGUGGACAGCCUUAAUACUUCCCAUCUGUCCGGCCUUUACCAUUUCCGCCAACAGAGACCCCAAGCAGGCAUUCCUGAGGAAACCCUACAUCCAGAGACACCCAUGCUCAGCUUAGCAGCCCUCAGCAACAGUCAAGAGCUCGACAGUGGUGUGGGCCGAACAGAUGAGAGCACAAAGAACGAAGAAUCCUCUGAGCAUGACAUCCUACUGGGUGAUGAGCAGACCAGCACCUCCAACACAAAUGCCACUAACACACCUGGCAGCUUGCGCAAGUUUAGACCCGGCAGGAGCGGAGGAGGAGGGAGCGACACGCCAUCGCCACUGUUCCCUCUCCGAGAGCUCCACCUUAGCACAGACUCACUGAACUGUGGAAGCAUAAGUGGUGGGUACCUUCACGAUCCCGUCAGUGGGAUGAUAAUGCCGGGCCUGACAGAAGAGGAAUGCGAUAGGUACAGGCAGCUUCUGGAAAUCAAGUGUCGCUAUGAGAAGAGGAUGAAGAAAGUGCAGCAGGCUCAAAAAGAGGAGCAGAAAGAAGGAGAGACACAAGAGGAAUCUGAGAAUAGGGAGGAGACUCUGGAUGAGAACAGUAAUGAGAACCUGACUCCACAUGAGAUGGCGCUUCUGGAAGAGGAAAUGAGGCACCUUGAGUUUAAGUGCCGGAAUAUUCUACGAGCACAGAAGAUGCAGCAAUUAAGGGAACGCUGUUUAAAAGCCUGGCUGAUGGAGGAAGAAACAUCUGGCCGGGCGUCUGCAGAACCUCAGGGGUCUCCAUUGCAUGAGCUAUCUGACAUCAACGAACUUCCAGAGAAGGAACGUUCGGACAAGGACAGCACCAGUGCUUACAACACCGGGGGAGAGAGCUGCAGGAGCACACCUAUGGUGAGCGAGCAUCGACUUCCAGUUUCUCAAAUCGAUGAGUCCACAAGUCCUCUGCCAAGCAGACACAGGGACCGACCAACCUGGAGUGAAAGAGGACGAGCAAGUCUCAACGGUUCAUAUUCGCCAAGCAGCUACAAGAAGUUUCAGACUAACAGCCCUAUGAACCAGAAAUUCUGCUCACUGACAAGAGAAGGAACUGUCCGUCGCAUGCCUGAAGGAGUGACACAGGAUUCUAGGGUGAGUGGCCAUAACAGGAAUGGAGGUCGUAGCGCGGAAUCAAGUCCUUACUUCACUCGACGCCGUCAUUCUAACUGCUUCACUCCAGAACGCUACCAGAGUUGCAUGCAUCUGGGGUCCUCACUUUCUGAGAGUUCCGGACCCUUGGAUAGAGCUGUGGAAGGAGAAAGUGAGGCACCAGUGGGCGGCAGUGAUGGUGAGGGUCAUGGGAAUAUCACCUUUGGGUCAUUGCCUCACCCCAGCCCAGUGAAGCUAUCUCUGGCCUUACCUUUGCCACUUCCCCCUGCAUCACCACGCAUGGAGUGGAAGGUGAAGAUAAGAAGCGAUGGGACCCGCUAUGUGGCCAAACGUCCUGUCCGAGACCGGCUCUUGAAAGCCCGAGCUAUGAAGAUCCGUGAAGAGCGUAGCGGAAUGACAACUGAUGACGACACAGUGAGCGAAAUGAAGAUGGGUCGCUAUUGGAGCAAAGAAGAGCGUAAGCAACAUCUGCUAAGAGCCCGCGAGCAGCGCAGACGCAGAGAGUUUAUGAUGCAAAGUCGCUUGGAAUAUAUGCGAGAACACGGUCUGGAUAUGGGCAAGGAGAGCCAGUCGGAGUCCGGACAGAACCCAGCCUCAAUCCUGGAGCUCAGUCAGAAAAAGAGCUCCAAGAAACGCAACCGACGCAUACUGGACAACUGGAUCACCAUCCAAGAGCUACUUGCACAUGGAUCUCGCUCUCCAGAUGGGACAAAGGUGUAUAAUCCUCUUCUGUCUGUUACCACAGUCUGAAAGGAUGGUAAGGAAGGACACCAGGAAGAGAAUUUAUUUUACUGAAUUAUCAAAUAGAAAUGAUCAAAAACAUUUUAAAGGGUCAUCUGUCUACAUUACUAAUAUGGCUGAGCAACGUCUAGCAACUACCGCUUUUGUUAAUUUCAAAUUUUUUUGUAACAAGUACUUGAAGUUAAAAUUUCUUAAAGUCCCUGAAACGAGAUGAAUUUACUUGAGAAGCAACACUAGUUAAAACUUUUCACAAAUAACUUAUCUAUUGUUUUUACAUUUAUUAUACUCAUGCCCAUUUAAAAUAUACAUUAUUUUAAGUCUUAUUGUUGUUUCUCAAGUAAAUGUAGAUUUGUAGGUUUUUUAGGUUUUUUGGAAGACAAAUUGUAAAAAAGGCUAAUUAAAAAGUCAAGUAAUUGUUCACAGGUGGCGGUACUUUUAAGUGUGUGGAUUUUCUUGAUUAAUGAAUGUCACGUUGUAUUGCUUCUCAAUAGACAUUAUCACUCCUCUGAGGUCAAGCAUCUGCUUUCGAGGAUUUCUGUUUGACUUUAAACUGAAAACAGCACAUGGCUGAGUGACAAAGACACUCAAAAGAUUAUGAAUGUUGACUGGAGAUACACAGACAAGCACAACACAUACACCACAAACUGUACAAGCAAACAGGUCUUAAUCAAAAUCUGCUCAUACAUAUUGGACAAAUGUAAUUAAUUUGGUACAUUCCUCACAGCUGCACAAAAGUCAAAGUAUGAUUCAAUUUCUUAACUCUUGAAUUUUCAUUGACAAUAAUAAUGGGGG